AUGGUAUCAUUUGAUAUCCCAAAAGAAUGCAACGUUGGUGUUGUCGUGAAUGAGGGCCCCGACUUUCGAAUCGAGAUCCAAAAAGUCCCAGUACCUGAAAGUGGACCCGAGGACGCUCUGGUCAAAAUAAACACUACGGGGCUUUGCAUGAGUGAUGUUCAUUACAUGUCAAAUGACUGGGGGAUUGCCCUAAUGUAUUAUUUUGGAACUCGAUGUGCAGGACAUGAGGGCUCUGGUAUUGUCGUCAAAGUAGGCGACCGCGUCAAAAGACUCAAAGUUGGCCAAAGAGCCGGUAUCAAGCCAAUUGCCGAAACAUGUGGUUCAUGCGAACAUUGUAUGACAGGGAAGGAUCAGUAUUGCUCAGGCGCAAAGCUGACAGGCUUUGUUACUGACGGUACCUAUCAACAGUAUCUAAGAAGCCCCGAGAGGUAUACAACCCUAAUCCUGGAUGGCCUGUCCGACUAUAUCGCAGGGCCGAUUAUGUGUUCCGCUUCAACGGUCUACACUUCGAUUAGGGAAUCGGCGCUAGUUCCUGGGAAAUGGGCUGUUUUUCCGGGCGGCGGUGGUGGAAUGGGAAGUCAAGGCGUUCAACUUGCAGUAGCUACGGGACGUAGUCCCGUUAUUAUCGACUCGGAGGAGGAGAAAAGAAAACUUGCAUUAGAACUUGGUGCAGAGGCUUUCUUGGACUUUAAAGAGAGCAAAGAUCUUGCGUCUGAGGUCAUUGCCAUUUGUGAUGCCAUUAGAGCGCAUGGUGUAUUUGUGACAGCUGGUGAAAGUUAUCCAACUAACUAUCAUACCUCGGCAAUCGUUAUGUGCAUUGCCCUUCCAACUCUAGGCGCACACCCAAUAACAGUGAGUGGUGCCGAAUUAAUCAUGAAAAACAAGUUAAUCAAGGGGACGAUGGUAAGCAGCAUGGCAGAUGUGGAAAAGACACUAGAGUUUGCGAAACGGGGCAAAUUCCACUUCAACCCAGAGAUUGUGGGCUUGUCCAGAUUGAACGAAUCUCUCCAGCGCCUCAAGAAAGGUCAAGUCCCUGGGCGCAUCGUUUUGGACUUCAAUUUGGAAUGA